AUGCAUCUCUACGCAGCCUCUUUCUCUGGAAUGGGAAGUCCUGCAUGCAGCCAUCUGAAAAUGAAUUAUGUAAAAAGUUUCACCAAAAAAUCACUUGAAGAAUGUUAUAUUUGUGGUAAACUUUGUGAUAACAGGCGUAUAUUAUCUCAUAUUCGAACACAUACCAAUGUUGAGGUUCAUGAAUGCCAAGAUUGUGGUUUCUAUGCACCAGCUGAGUAUGAUCGCCAUUAUAUUAUUCAUGCUAAUGUGAAACCUUAUAUCUGUCAUAUUUGUCAUAAAGGAUUUUCUCAAUGCGGUCAUUUAAAGAAGCAUUAUAUUUGCCAUGUAAAAAAGGAAGAUCAGUAUUUAAAACAGAAAGGAAAUUAUUUCGAUGAUAGUGUAAAUGAGUCGAAGGAAAGUGGCAAUAAAAAAACGUGUAAAAAAGUAGCAGAAAAUAUUCAUUUAAUAAAUAAGCAGGUUAAAAGUUGUGAUGAUAAUUUAAUAAAUGGAGUGAAUGAAAAUUGUGAUGAUGAUUUAAUAAAUGAGCUAAAUGAAAAUUGUGAUAAUGAUUUAAUAAAUGACCUGAAUGAGAAUUGUGAUGAUAAUUUAAUAAAUGAGCUGAAUGAAAAUUGUGAUGAUUUAACAAAUGAGCUAGAAGGAAAAUGUGAUGAUUUAGCAAAUGUGCUGCUUACAAAUUGUGAUGAUAAUCUAACAAAUGAUCAGAAUAUUAAUUGUGAUGAUAAUUUAACCAAUAAGUUUGAAGAAAAUUUAUGUAAAAUUAAUUCUAAAUAUGAAUUGAAAAAAGGGUGUUCUAACAAAAUUGUAAGGAAUAAUUUGCAAAGAAAAGACUGUACUAAAGAUGUUUUAACUGUUUAUGAUCAAAUAA